GAAAGGUCGCUCCCAUUUCCGAUAUCCACGGCAUCCCUCCUAAAAUCAUACAAAAUGGCUGCUAUUAUCAAGGCUGCUAACGCCAAGAUCCGGUCCAACCCGGUAUCUGACUACAUUUGCUCGACCCACUUUUGGGGUCCUGUCUCCAACUUUGGUAUCCCUCUGGCUGCCAUCAUGGACACACAGAAGAGCCCUGAGUUGAUCUCGGGACAGAUGACCGGUGCUCUCAUCAUCUAUGCCGGUACUUUUAUGCGAUACUCCCUCGCUGUCACCCCCAAAAACUACCUUCUCUUCGCCUGCCACUUCGUCAACGCUGGUGCUCAGCUCACCCAAGGAUACCGAUACCUGAACUACCACUACUGGGGCGGAAAGCAGAGCAUGCCCAAGGAGCAGCUGGUACAAGCCGCUGAGGCUGCUAAGGGCAAGGUAGAGAAGGCCGCAGAGAAGGUUCAGAGCGCUGUCAGUAAAUAAAGAGGAAGCUAGACAGACGGCCACUGGGCGGAUCGGUAUAUCGGGCUGCAAGCCGACCAUAUAAUGGGAGCGCCCCCGGGUUGGGGUUCGGGAUUCGGAGAGUGUCAUCAGCACACAACUACCGCACAAUGAAUUUGUACCUUUACAAUAAUUUGUUCCCUCAAUCGUCUAGAACCGCACUCUGAACCGGGGUACCUGCAGUGCAUGCACGGAAGAGGUGCUAGGAGGAUCGAGUUUGGAGACCCUAGAUCAGUCAAAAUGGUUAAAGCAAAGAUACUAUCA